AUGGCUGGCUCUCAGCUGAAGAAACUAAAAGAGUCACUACGUGAGGCAGGUUUGACUGGUCAAACCAACGUCAAGAAGAAGGGAAAGAGAAGCACACAGAAGACCCCCAAUGAGACAAGGAGAGACGAUAGAAAGAAGGUGGUCCAAGGAAUUCGCGAGCAGUUCAAUACUUUUGAUACCAAGUUCAACAAGAACAAGAGAGACACAGCCACAAAGACUGCUGUUGGCAGACCAAGCGCUGCGAAAUCCGAAGCCGAAAAAGAGCGCAAGAGAGCAUACGAUGCACUCAAAUCCAGAAAGAAUAAGACCGGUGGAGUAUAUGAUCGUCGUUUCGGUGAAAAUGAUUCAAACAUGACAGCUGAGGAGAAAAUGUUGGAAAGAUUUACCAGAGAAAGAUUGGCACAGGCAUCGAAGAGGUCGAUGUACAAUUUGGAGGACGAUGAUGACGACAUGCAGUUGACCCAUUCCGGAAAGUCAUUGUCGUUUGGUGAUCUUGAUAACGAGGAAGAAGAGGAUGACGGUGGAUUUUUAACCAAGAAAAGAGAUUUCGAAGAAGGUGACUCGGAAUCUGAGGCUGAAGUCCAGCCUGGUAGGAAAAAGACCAAGGCCGAGGUGAUGAAGGAGGUGAUUGCUAAGUCGAAAUUCUACAAGCACGAGAGACAAUUAGAGAAGCAAAGACUUGAAGAGGACAUUGGAGAGCUUGAUGACAACUUUGAUGAUGUUAUGUCUGAGCUUCGUGGAGUUCCUCAAGAGAAAGGUCCACUUUUCAGCACGAAAUCCGAGGACAAUAUCAAGUACGACACAGCAGUCAGAUCGCUUACACUGGAGAGAAGAGCCGUACCGGCUGAUAGAGUGAAGACACAGGAAGAGCUUGAGAGUGAGCACAAGGCCAAAAUGGAGAAGCUGGAGGCUGAUAGGAAACGCCGUAUGGAGGGAAUGGUCGAGAAUGCAGACACCAGAGCUGAUGACUUGGAGGAUGACUUUUUCCAAGGCACCGACGAGGAAGACGAGGAAGACGAAAUCAGACUGGCCGAGGAUGAUGAAGAGGAGGAGGAGCUUUUUGAUAGCACCAAAAUCACCGGAACAAACAACAUCAAAAUUGGCGGAAAGCCCGAAUCGAUCUCGUGCCCCAACAGUCUUGAAGAUAUGUUGAACUUGUUGAAAGACUACGAAAUCUUGGAAUAUCCAAACGUAAUCAAGAAGGUGUUGAAGACAUAUGAUCCGAAAUUUGGUGAACAGAAUAAACCCAAAAUCAGAGAGUUUUCAAAAGUCCUGGUUGACCUGAUUGUGUAUCUCACCGACGAGGGUGCCAAUUCAGAGGUUCUCGAAGGCAUCAUUUCCAAAAUCAAGCCUCUAGUUGAGAGAUAUCCUGAAGAAAUGUACGAAAAGUUCAGAUCGUACCUUUUGUCUGCUUCCACAAGACCCGACAUCAGAAAAUCUGAUCUGAUUGUUUUCACCUUGGUUGGAAUGACAUAUUCCACUUCAGACCAGUACCAUUUGGUCGCUACUCCAGCCACAUUAUUGAUGUGCGAGUUUCUAGAAACCACUGAGAUUGAAAACAACAGAGACCUCUUUGUGGGCGUGUAUUUUGCUACUCUUCUGGUGAGAUAUCAGAGGAUAUCACAGAGGUAUAUCCCAGAAGUGGUAAGCUUUCUCGAGAAAGCAUUGUUGAAGUUGGUUCCAGAACCUGAAAAGAUUGAAUCACAACUUCUCUCCAGCACACAUUCAAAAAUAAUUUCAACAAGUUUAACUCUAGAGGAGAUCGCAUUGCCAGAAUCCGACAAAUUGUCCCUUUCUCUGUUGGAUUCCAGGUCAAAGUCAGUCACGCAGGCCCUGCUAUCAAAGGCCUUGAGCACAAUCGAUUUGCUCAUUCCUCUGUGGCAGCAAUUCACAUCUUUCACAGAAAUCGUCACACCAUUUAUUGCAAUUUUGGAUCAUUUGCUCACCAAAGUGGAGUCCACAAAAAUCAACACUCUUCACAGCAAGCUGGUCAAACUGAGAGAUGUUUCUCUCGCAGAGAGAAGACCACUGAAAUUGCAAGCCCACCGCUCUAUCGCAAUCGCCUCGACAUUGCCUAAAUACGAGGAGAAUUUCAACCCUGAUAAGAGUUACGAUCCAAAUAGAGAGAGACUGGAGGUGAGCAAGCUGAAGGCCCAAUUGAAGAAGGAGCAGAAAGCAGCAUUGCGCGAGAUCAGGAAGGACUCUAGGUUCAUUGGUAAGCAACAAUUGGACGACAAACGCAAGGAAAUGGACGAAUAUCAUGCGAAAAUGUCCAAGAUCGUCAACAGCAUCUCCACCGUGGAGGGGGCAGAGAAAAACCAGUAUGCUAAGGAGAAGAGAAGACGUUGA